GAAUGAGACAUCACUCCAGAACAGGGGAAAGAGAGGCACAUAGAGAGCCCAAGAGAGGAGAAAAGAGUGAAGACAGCAAAUGAAGAAACACAUCAAUAGGAAAAACAAGAAAUAGAAAACGAGCCCUCCUAGGUGCUAAGUCUCUGAAGCUGCAGCAUCCAGUCUCCAGCCCAGCUCCUGCUGACCACGAUGUCGGAAAAACCGAAGGUGUAUCAAGGUGUCCGGGUGAAGAUGACCGUGAAAGAACUCCUGCAACAAAGAAGAGCACACCAGGCCACCUCGGGGGCAACCCUGUCAGGAAGCAACAGUAUCCACCUUCCAGACUCCAGCACGCCAUCGUCUGCAGGACUAUAUUUUGAACCCGAACCGAUGUCUUCCACACCCAGCUAUUUUCAACCCCGAGAAUUUUCCACCUGUGUCUCUUGUGAGGAAAGUCCAAGCUGCCUCGACCAGAUCUUUGAAUCCUACCUUCAGACAGAGACACUCUCAGGGCCUUUGCUCAACUCCACGCAAAGUGCUCCCCACUAUUUCCCAGACAGCUGUCAAGUGGCCCCUUUCUGCUAUAACCAGAGCCUGACUCCAGAAUCGCCUUCGGAUUCCUCCAGUCUCUCUGGCUCCUUUGACUGCAACUACUCACCAGCUCAGCUGCCUUCCUACACUCCAGAGAAUUACUCAUCUCCGCCUUCUCUGGAUUCCCUAAACCACAGCCUCCCAGAGGAAGGCUACCCAUAUCACCACCAUUGGCCUUCCCACACCCAGUACAACCACUUCUCCCCGGCCACCCCCUCCGUCUGCUACUGUGCAUCCUGUGAAGCCGAGCAUCUGGAUGCCUUCAGAACCACAGAGUUCUUCUCCUACUCCAGCACAGACUAUGUGGACUUUGCCCCCUCGGCCGCCGCCGUCGUCGCCGCCGCCACCACCACCAGCGAUUUCUAUAAGAGGGAAACAAGCUGUGAUGCCUGCUACAGUUAGUAAAAAACCACACUGGAACGUGUCGUGGGUAUAUCUGUUUCUCUACCGCAUCUAGAUGACACUAACAUUCAACCCAUUCACAAAACAUCCCACAUAUGGUUUACAUCUCACAGUUUUAAACCUCCUGACACUAGUGUAGGAAUCGAUAUGAAGCGCUCAAACCUACCUGGUCUUGUGCCACCCUCAUUUUACACACUCACUGUUAAAAAUGUUUGUGUGGAAUUCCCCCCAUGCCUUGCUUCUCAGUGUAACGAACAAACU